CAUCGCCAGAAAAGAACAGAAAUUGUAGCGCAGCGCUGCCAAAUAUACACACACGAUUGUUCCGAUUAUUCCCAUCCGAUCCGCAAAAACAAGAGCAACAGAGCGCGCGCCAUCGGAUUUAUUAAAUGCACUUCUAUAUUUAUUUAUAAACGCGAGUUUUGAGGCGCCAAUUGCGGGGAAACUAAAGUGCAGGUCACCGACGCCUCUGCCGCCGCCGCUGCCUCUGCCGACGUCGCUGCUUAUUUGGUUGCUGUUUACCGAGCUGCCUUAAAAAGUGUUUAAUAUUGGCCAGUGUGUGUCUGUGUGCUUCUAUUUUUUUUGUUUGUGGUGCGUGCAAAAUUCCGAUUUAAUUAAGAGUGUAAAGGUGUGUUUGAAGCACCUAUGCUGGCCCUGGCCCCGCCCACGACGCCCCCUCGAAAUGCCCCGUUAGCCGCGAAAUCGAAAUCAAAAUCGAAAUCGAAUCGUUUUUCUGCAACCGCAAUGCUGUCAAAUGGUUCUGCCGGCGUCGCUGCCGACGUCGCUGCCGCUGGCGACUGCGACGAGCGAACGCUUUUACUAAGCGAGGAAAUUGUUGUUGCGACGUCCACGUCCUCUGCCGGCGUCGCUGCAAAUGCGCCGCCGACGUCUCUGCCUCUGGUGCACACAACAGCAACAACAACAACGCAACAGCUACAACAGAGCAACAACAACAAUGUGAACAACAACAAUAAUGCUUCGCUUGUGGUCAGUGCUAAAAACAUGGCUAAUAAUAAAAAUAACAGCAAAUGCAAAAACAACGAGGCCAGCAGCAGUAGCAACAACAAUAAUGCAGCGGAAGCGGCAGCAGCAACAACAACAAUAGAGGAUAUAGAAACGAUAACAACGAUAACAACAACAGCUGAUGAAGAGGAUAUGUCCAGCGAUCUGAGCGACAAAUUCCCACGACCCGAAAAGAAACCCGGCAAAUUGAGCAAAUUGGGCACCAAAAGCGUCGGCCUCAAACGCGUCUCUUUUGGGUCCUCGAAGGGUUCGAUGGUGGAGACGCUGGUCUUCGAGACGCCGACGCCGUUGUCGGAGCUCGUGGAGUCGACCUUCGGGUUUGAUGGGGCAGGAGACUCAGCCGCCGAUAUCGCCGCUGCCGCCGCUGGUCAGCCGCAGCUGGCGUCGACGCUGCCGUCCCAUCUGCCCUCAGCCGGCGGCUACAGUGGAGACUAUGCUAAGGGGAACAUGGAUGACAGCGGCAUUGAGGUGCAGGAAGAAUCGGAGCGUUCGAUAGUGCGCGUUUCCAUUUACCAAAGCAGCCAGCCGCAGCAGAUCUGUCCACCGGCGGAUUACCUGCUGGACGCCCUAGACGGAGGCUAUAACUACAACUGCAACCUCGACUACACGACGAUGGCCACGACGGCGGCGGGGAUCCAGCAGCAGCAGGUGAUCGGCCUGGGAGCGGCCUACGAUCGACAGCAGAGCACCGACUCCGGCUGGGACAAUCCCUUUCGUCCAGGCGGCGAUCUGUCCAGAGAGGCUGAUGAAAUUGUCAACAUGAUCAGAGGCGGCAAGCCCAUUACACCCACAGAGGAGCGUACAAUUGGCAACGGGAGCGCCCAGCAUGCGGAUGACAAUUGCAACGGCGGAGCGGCGAUUGGCGAGAGUGUAACCAAAUCAAACCUCUCGCAGAAUCUAGCAACAGCACAAAAUGGUACAAAUUCCCAUGCCUCUGCCUCUGCCGACGCUGGCGCCGGAAAAGCAGCGACGGCGACCGAGCUGAGCGGCGGAAACAACGGGGUCACCUCGCUGGGACAGGUGUCCAAACAGGUGGUUCCGGGACCGACGUCCGCUAGUCAUGUGGUCAUCGACGAGAAGAAGAACAAGAAGAAGGGCUGCUGCGUCCUGCAAUAAUCAGCUCUGUGUUCUGUUUGCGGGGAUAUCUGGACACGGGGGACAACAAAUGGAGGGGGCGGGCAUUUUCCGGCUAGCCGUGUUUUUUGAUGUUAAUGUUUUUUUGGGGAAAAUGAAGAGCCGAGCUGUUGAUAUUUUUCAUGCCGCAUAAAUCGCUUUGCUUAGCUUUGCAAGACGAGACGACAACAACAAAACCAGAUAAAAACACACAAGGAUAAACUAGAAAAACAUAAACAAAAAACCAAGCUCUCUGACCAACAGCAGCAGAUUAUGAAGAAAAAAAAGUGUAGCAGCAGCAGCAGCAGCCACAGUGAGAGCCAAAAUUUAAGCACCCCAGCAGCUGUUGCUUUAGUUUCAAAACAAAAACCGUGAAAAUCCAAAACAUGAAUUGUAAAUCUAAAGUAAACACUUAUAUAUAUAUAUAUAUUUGUUAGUCUGGAACAAUUCAACCUUAUUAUAUAUACAUACUAUUUUUUUUUCCUUUUUCUGUAAUGUGACUUGACCUUCAUGUAUGUUAUAUAAAAGCAUAUAUGUGAAUUUAAUUUUUUUUGUAAUUAUAAAAUUUAGUGCGGCUUUUUAAAAAAUGAUGAGGAUUUAGGGACGACUAAAAAGUUAUAACAAAAGAACAAAAAAAUAAAUAAAAACGAAAAACGUUUUGCUUGCAUGCAAAUAAUGGAUACAAAAUCGAAAAAAGAAAGCAAAAAAAUUUAACAUAAAGAAUAAUGUAUUUAUUUUUAUUUAUAUGACGAUGAUGAAGCAGAUGAAAGUAAAUUAAAUGUUAAACCUUAAAACAAAUAUAUACACAUACACGUACAUAUACAAAAACACACACACACACAUACGCAUAUAUACUAUACGAUAUAUGAGAUGAAAUGUAUGACGCAAUAAAGCAAACGAAAUGAACCGGAAACAGUAGAAAGAAAUUAAAGAAAUCCCAAUUUUCUAAGACUAAAUAAUGAACAAUUAUUUUUUAUCAUUAUAUACAUGAGACAGAAAAUUGAAAACCGGGUGCGCUGUUUUUUGCCCACUGUAGCGGCUGAUCAAAGACGAGCGGUGCUGAAAAAAAUAGGGUGAAAAUGGUAGAAAGAGGGCUUAGUUCUUUGAGAAAAAUAGAAUGGCUUUGAAGAAACCGAAACCCCAAGACAGAAGCUUAGAAAUGAGGCCAGAGAAAGUAUAUAAAAAAAAUGGAAGAACCACCGUUUUUCAGCUUAGUUAAGCACAACACAAACCCCUACACAACACCACCUCCUAACCCUUUCUCCAACCCCUUUCACUCAGUAUUUUUUCUCAGUUGAAAACAAAUCAAAAGCAGAGAAAUGAAAGCAAACAAAUAUGCAAACACAAUAAGCAGGUAAAUCGAGCAAAGCGAGGUACAAGAAAGUUUACACAGAGAGAAAAAGCAGCAACCAAAUAGAAAAGAAAGUAAUGAGAACACCGAAAUGGACCGCCACACCCACAAAUAACACACUCACACACUCUCGAACACACACCCACACACCUACAGCCUAAGCAUCAAUGUGCUGCAUUUGAUAAACGUAAAGAAAAAAUAAAUUAAAUAUAUAUAUACACAGA